AUGAAAACCAGCACCCAUACUAACCCUUUCCCAAGCCACCUCCAACCCGGCGGCUACAUCGAACAACUCGAAUUCUCCGUCGUCCCCAAAUCCGACGACGGCACCGUAACCCCCGGCUCCAUCUACGACCGCUGGGGCAAGCUCUCCCUCGAACUCGGCGACCGCUUCGGAAAGUCGCUGCGCACCGCCGACGAACAGCGCGCGGGCAUUAAAGCAGCAGGCUUUAUAAACGUCGUUGAGCAUCGCUGGAAGUUGCCGGUUGGGGGCUGGCCGGCGGAUAAGCGGUUCAAGGAGCUGGGGCAGUACAACAGGAUUAAUUGGGAGCAGGGUAUUGAAGGGUGGAGUUUGUAUCUGCUUACCACGAUUAUGGGGUGGACGAAGCAGGAGGUCGAGGUUUAUCUUGCGCAUAUGAGGACGGCGUUGAGGACGAGGGGGAUUCAUGCGUAUCAGGAAGUGUAA